CUUGGCAGCAACAACUUAGAAGGGCAUAUUCCUCAUGAAAUUGGCCACCUUACAUCGCUAAUCUCUAUUAAUCUUAGUCAUAACUCUAUCAGCGGACAGAUACCUUUUCCUCUAGGGAAUUUAUCGCGUCUAGCUGACUGGGAUCUUAGCUACAAUGAUCUCUCGGGCAUCACUCCAAUUUUUGUUGCUUCAUUUCCGGACGUUCUCAAGAAUUACAAAGGUCACAACUGUUAUAAAGUUUAUUCCAAGGCAUUGGUUGGCAACAAGGAUUUAUCACCCUAUACCUGUUCUUCAAUUAUCAACAGGAUGAAAAUCAUUCACUAUCUCAAAAUUUUUCUUCCCCUUUCCACACUACCUGCUUUGGUGAUUUUCGGGUAUUUAUUAUUUUCUCCAUCUAAGCAGAAGAAGAACAUGGGUGUACCAACACCAGAAAAUGGAUUUUUGUUCUCCAUAUUUAACUAUGAUGGAAAGAUAGCAUACCAAGACAUUAUCAAUGCAACAGAGAAUUUUCACAUCCGGUAUUGUAUUGGAGUUGGUGGCCAUGGAAGUGUUUAUAAAGCAAACCUAGCUAGUGGUAGAACAGUUGCCUUGAAGAAGCUUCACCCUCUAGAGGUUGAGGAUCUCAAUUUCGACAAAAGUUUCAUGAAUGAAAUAAACUUUUUGUCAGAAAUUCGUCAUCGAAACAUUGUGAAGCUACAUGGGUUUUGUGUAGAUCAACGGAGCAUGUUUUUGGUAUUGGAAUACAUGGAAAGAGGCAGCUUGAAUGAUGUCCUAAAAAACGAUGUUGAAGCUAUGGAAUUAAAUUGGUCAAAAAGAGUUAACAUCGUUAAGGGGACGGCACAUGCUUUGUCUUACUUGCAUAAUGAUUGUGCACUUCCAAUAGUUCAUCGAGACAUAUCAAGUAACAACAUAUUGCUGAAUUCAAACUUGGAAGCUUGUGUUGCUGACUUCGGAAUUGCGAGAAUCUUAGAUCUUGAUUCAUCCAAUCAAACCAUUCUCGCCGGUCCUUAUGGUUAUGUAGCUCCAGAGCUUGCUUAUACAACGGCAGUAACUGCAAAAUGUGAUGUCUAUAGUUUUGGAGUACUGGCAUUGGAAGUGUUGAUGGGAAGGCAUCCCAAAGAGCUCUUAUCAUUGUUGCCUUCAAAGCCCCUUUUGCAGAACAUAAGGUUAAACGAUGUAUUAGACCCUCGUCUAUCACCUCCAACAAGUUAUUCAGUUGUCAAAGAUAUUGUUCUUGUUGCAAUACUAGCAUUAGCAUGCUUAUCUGUAGAACCAAAGUUGCGACCAACGAUGAAACAGGUCUCCGAUGAGUUUCUUCGUCAGCUAAGGCCUGUAGCAAAGACUCUCGGAGAAAUUUCAUUAUUGCAACUCAUGGAUCCCGAAAUAAAUGUGGAAGGAAAGGGCUGCAAAUGAAUCAUAUUCUUCACAUCAUGCAUGCUGGCAAUUUGGGUUCAAUUGUUCCGCCAUCUUCGAUCUCAUGUUGAGCUUCAAUUUUAAAUCGGAAAGAAUUAUUUGUUUCUUUCAGCUUUUUUCCCUUUUAGCUAUCAUUCAUUGUGUUUGG